AUGGCAGCGACAAGGAAAUUACAAGGUGAAAUAGACAGGUGUUUAAAAAAAGUAACAGAGGGUGUGGAGACUUUUGAGGACAUCUGGCAGAAAGUUCACAAUGCAACAAACAGUAAUCAAAAGGAGAAAUAUGAGGCGGAUCUUAAGAAAGAGAUUAAGAAACUUCAGAGGCUACGGGAUCAAAUCAAGUCCUGGAUCGCCUCCGGGGAGAUUAAGGAUAAGAGUACACUUUUAGAAUAUAGGAAACUAAUAGAAACACAAAUGGAGAGGUUUAAAGUUGUUGAACGGGAGACUAAAACAAAGGCAUACUCUAAGGAAGGGUUAGGGGCAGCACAAAAACUGGACCCUGCCCAGAAAGAGAGAGAAGAAAUGUCGGCAUGGCUAGUCUCAUCUAUAGACGCACUUAAUUUACAGGUUGAUCAAUUUGAGUCUGAAAUAGAGUCAUUGUUAGUUGGUAAGAAAAAACGAUUGGAUAAGGAGAAGCAGGAUCGCAUGGAGGAACUUAAGCUUAAACUUGAGAAACAUAGAUUCCAUAUAAAGAAGCUUGAGACACUACUGCGCAUGCUUGACAACAUGUCUGUUGAGGUUGAACAGAUCAAAAGGAUAAAAGACGACGUGGAAUACUACAUUGACUCUUCCCUGGAGCCGGGGUUCGAGGAGAACGAGUACAUAUACGACGACAUCCGCGGCUUGGACGAAAUCGAGCUCAGCGGCGUCGGCCUGCCUUCCUCCGCCACCACGGACAGUAAUAACAGCAAUGACUCAGCCGGAUCACCCACCAGUAUACUAUCAGGUACAAGUCCUGUGACGUCGCCCACGUUAGAGGCUCACAACCACUCUACAGACUCUAUAGACAUAGAGAAAAAGAAAAAAGAAGAGGUCAUAGCGAAACCGGUCAAACCGAUGCCGCUACGGGCGGUGACCGCGGGCGCGGCCGCUAAUGUCGCGCCUAACGUUAGUUCCUUGCUCAAUAACUCCGCCGCAUCCACCAAUAGCAUAAGCGCGGGAGCGGUGUCUGGCACCUCGACGCCCAACAAGAGCGUGGCGCCGCCCAGCCCCCCGCACGUGCCGCACGCGCAGCACGCACCGCACGCGCAGCACGCGCCGCACGCGCCCGCGCCGCACCACGCGCACGUGACGCACGCCGCGCAGCACGCGCACGCGCCGCACCAGCCGCGGCCUAGCGCAGAAGUAGUGGAGAAUGGUCCCGUGUCGAGCGCGCCCGCGCACACGACGACGCAUCUACCGCCAGUAGCGCAACCACCGCCUGUGGUGAAGAGUGCGUCAGUACCGCUGGGGAGCGCGAGUGCGGGGGCGGGGGCGGGCGCGGGGGUGGGGGCGGGCGGAGGCUCCGAACGCGCGUCGCCGCUCACGCUCAACGGACCCACCUCGCACCAUGCGCUCAACAAUGGGCGAGCGAGUGAAGCGUCACAGUUGAGCUGUGCGACGAGCGUGAGCAGUACAGGCGCGGCGGCGGCGGCGGCUGCGGCGGCGGCGAGUGGCACCGCCUCGCUCAAGGCCAUCGCGCAGGAGGCCGUGCACCGCGCCGGCCUCGACCACCACCAGAAUGUUCGAAGAGGUGUACCACUAGCACAAGCGCAUAUACCGCCGUUAUUAGGCGUCGCGCCGUUAGGACCCUUGCCAUUAAAUUCCGAACAUCAGCUACAAUUCCAAAUGAUGGAGGCGUCAUUUUACCACAUGCCGCAUCCGUCCGACUCGGAAAGGACGCGCGUCUACCUGCCCCGGAAUAUAUGUCAGACGCCUGUCUACUAUAACCAGGUGCUCCUCCCUCACUCGGACAGUGUGGAGUUCUUCCAGCGCUUGUCGACUGAAACACUAUUCUUUGUGUUCUACUAUAUGGAAGGCACAAAGGCACAGUAUUUAGCCGCCAAGGCUCUUAAGAAGCAGAGUUGGAGGUUCCACACCAAAUAUAUGAUGUGGUUCCAGAGGCAUGAGGAGCCUAAGGUUAUCAAUGAAGAAUUUGAACAGGGCACAUAUAUAUACUUCGAUUACGAGAAAUGGGGUCAACGCAAAAAGGAGGGGUUCACGUUCGAGUACAAGUACUUAGAGGACCGCGACUUGAACUGAACUGAGAACCUCACGCCGCCGCGCCUCCACCGAGGCAGCGACCACUCCACACACGAUGCCAUCACACCCGCGGCCCGAUCUGUGCCCGCCACGGAACAUUUGCAAGAUCGACUCCCGGUUGAAGUUAACAGCAUGUGUUGUUCGGUUAUCGUUCAGCACGAUCUAGUACCAGUUCCGCGAGUGAUUCAAAGUGUAUUUAAUCUCGAAGUGUUAAUUGUGCACAAACCGUCGUCGGAAGAUCUGAACUAGCAGUGGAGAUUAUAUAUUUUUUUAUAUAUACGCUCGCAUAUUGUUGAGAGGCUGAUCUGUGUAAAAAUGAAAAGAAAAAUAUUUUUAUUAUAUAAUUUAAGUGAUACGGCAGAUUGAAAUCGGAAAUCGAAAGGAAAUAUGAACAGAGAGCGUGUUUAGAUUUGCAGUAAAUUAACCCUCGUUGUUGAGUUUGUAUGUAAUGUUGCAGCAUAUUAUAGUUACUCGGGUAAGUACAACUGUGUAGUGUAGUGAUGACUUACACACCCUUUCGAAUGUACCGACGUCGAACACUGUACAUCUCUUAGUUGUUAUAAUUGAUAAAACCAAUGUGAUAUUGAUAUAAAGCGGGGAGGCCCGGGUAUUCCCGUUCCUUGGUGCCUUUUGGCCCCACGGAGGCUGUCCCCACCCAUCUACACCAAUAUACCGUGUCACUGCCCGUGUCAUCCCAAAUCUACUGUUUUUUUUAACGACUAUUCUCAAUAAUUUGAAUAUUAUCAUAGGUGAUACUCCAGUAUAAAGGUUUUAAUUUGUAUUAAUAAGUUAUUAGAUCAUUCCAAAAUGUAAUCUGACUACCAACAAUAUAUAUUGAAGUGACUACAGCUUAUCUUAUUGGCAAAAUUCUAUUCUCAUUCAGUUUUAAAUAUUUAUUAAUUUAUUGUUUGUUAAAAAAAAACUUGUAAUGUUACUCAAGAUAAAAAUCAUAAAAUUAUGUCAAAUAAACCCCAAAAAAAUGAUCAAGCAUCAUAGUUUAAACUGUCAGAAAGUAUGUAUAGUAUUCACUAAAGACUUCUAUGUAUACAAUUUCUCAUUCAUAAUGCAUUAAGUAAUGUGUUUCUUAUCUAAAAAUUUUACUGGGUAAAUCCGUGUAGAAUGUAAUUGGUAAUUCAAAAUCUCGUUAAAUAUAUUUAUAAUAGGUCACCUAUGUGAAAUUGGCAAAAUUGUUGUUGAUGCGAAGUAGCCAUUCAAAAGACAAGAAAACGGUCCUUUGACCAUAUCUUGUCGUGUUACUGUUCAGUACCGCUCUACCUGUCUAGUACUACACAGAAGUCUAAUAUUCAUAAAUACAUUAACAAAUUCAUCAUACAUUUAUUUUUCAUAUUGAAAAUUGCCUAAUAAUUUCUGAAGUAGCUUUCAUUAUGUAGAGUAUAUUAUUAUGUCAAGUAACUAUAUUAAAAGAGCUAUAUUACAGACUUAUUGAGAAUAGUUAUUAGUUUCAAGGCUUUGAUUGUAUUAUGAUUGCAAGUCAAAUAGGGAAAUGCUACUGUAUUUGAUAUCUUUAAUCAAAUUCUGUUGAAAGUAUUUCUAGUAAUAGAAUCUUAAACAAGUAAUUGGUUCAGAUAAAGUAUGAAUAUUAU